AUGGGCCAACUUCGUGGAAGAUAUUUGAAUUGGGCUGUGACAGCCGCGAGUUGUCAAGCCUUUCUCCUACUUGGCUAUGAUCAAGGUGUUAUGAGUGGUUUGAUUGGAGCCAACAAUGAGUUUGGAAAACAGUUUGGUCAUCCAGACUCCAACAUACAAGGAAUAUUAACAUCGAUCUAUGAUAUUGGUUGUGCGGUCGGAUGUCUACUCGCCUUCGUCGUCGGCCACAAAUUGGGCCGAAGGAAGAUGAUCAUGGCAGGAGGCGCAAUCAUGGUCAUCGGCACCAUCAUUUUAGGCUCUUCGUAUACACGGGCACAGUUCUUAGUUGGACGUGUUGUGACUGGUUUUGGUAACGGGAUCAACAGCAGUACCGUCCCAACAUAUCAGAGUGAGAUGGCUCGGCCAGAACGUCGUGGUCGGCUUCUUUCCGCACAAGGAACUGUUACAAUUGUCGGACUAUGUAUCGCAUAUUGGAUCGAUUACGGACUUAGUUUCAUCGAAUCACCAGUACAGUGGCGCUUCCCGAUUAGUUUCCAAGCCUUCUUCGCGGUCUGUCUGGUAGUACAAAUGAUCUCCCUUCCUGAUACACCUCGCUGGCUCUGUGAGCAAGAUCGAAGCGAUGAGGCUGCCUCGGUUCUAGCUCGUCUCCAAAUUCAACAGCCAGCCGAUGAAUCUACACCCGAGGUGGUUCAUCUCCGUCGGCAGAUUGAGACUGCUCUCGAGAUUGAGUCCGCUGGUGGGCCCUUCCAAUACAGGGAACUUCUGACUGGAGGAAAGACUCAGAAUUUCCGUCGGAUGAUUCUGGCUGGCCUUGUUAAUGUGCAACAGCAGUUCACAGGGUCAAAUAUGAUUAAUUAUUAUGCACCAACUGUGUACGAAAAUGCUGUGGGCCUUUCUCGGAACUUGUCUCUGAUUCUCAGUGGCUGUACAUCUCUCUCUUAUUUGGUCGGAUCUAUCAUCCCCCUAUGGAGUAUGGAUGUGUUUGGACGACGCUCAUCGCUUAUGAUCUCGGCUGCUGGUCUCAGUACUUGCUUUAUUCUGGUAGCAGUCUUACUGUCUAUUGGCACCCAGACAUGUGCAUACGCUGCGACUGCCUUCAUCUUCCUCUUCCAGAUCUUCCUCGGCUUCGGAUAUCUACCUGUGCCUUGGUUCUACCCUAGUGAAAUCACGACUACACGCAUUCGAGCCCGAGGCCAAGCCUUCGCUGGAUUUGUCAACUGGAUCUGUGUUUUUAUUGUGGUGCAAGUGACACCUACUGCGAUCGAUAAUAUCUCAUGGAAAACUUUCAUUAUUUUCGCUUGUUUUUGUUUUGCAUGGAUUCCUAUGGUCUUUUUCUUCUUCCCUGAAACGAAGGGCCUCGAAUUGGAGGAUGUUGACCACCUGUUCGAGCGAGGUGGUAUCACAGGCGGUGUUUUUGAGACCCGUGGUAAAACCGUAUUUCCUGGAUAUCAUCGCACGAUCAACACCGAGCGAAUUGAGAAGCCAAUUGAAGAGAGAUAUGAGCAAGUUGACGCAUAG